CUCUCUCUCUUUCUCAAAGCCUCAAAGUCUCACUUUAGCUUCCAUAUUAUAUUGAGCAAUCUUUGUUUUGUUCUUGUUGGAGUUUUACUAGCUAAGCCACUACAAUGGAGCUUCAACUGGGUCUCGCUCUUCCGACCAAUAACAGUUUUCCAGUCAAAGGCGGCCUCGACUUGAACAUCAACGACUUUCUCCACAACCCUUCCGGCAGCAACAAGAACAAGAAGCGUAGUUUCGACCAAGCUUUAGAGCCCAGCAAUGCCUCAGCUGGCGUGCCUCGAACGCUGCCUUGGUUGCUUUGGAACAACCAACAACCAAACGACGACGACGACGACGAUGAAGAUGACACCGAACACAGUUCCCCUUACAUCAUCAUGACCAAAAAUGAGGAAGAUGGAGUGGUGGGUUGGCCGCCCGUUAAUUCGUGGAGGAAGGAGACUUUCUUUCACAUCCACGGCGACGGCGGUGUUCGUCGUCGAACGGUGAGGGUUAAUGGCGGUGGCUCGACGUUUGUGAAGGUAAAGAUGGAGGGAGUAGGGAUAGCAAGAAAGAUCGACUUGAGCCAACACCAGAAUUUCCAAACACUCCUAACAACAUUGAUGCACAUGUUUGACAAAAGUGAGAUGGAUUCAAACAAUUAUAAACUCGCUUAUCAAGACCGGGAGGGAGACUGGCUUCUUGCUCAUGGUCAAGAUGUGCCUUGGAGAAAUUUCGUGCGGUCUGUGCAACGCCUGAAAUUGAUUAAGAGGGGAAACGAAUGAAGGAUUAAUUAGAGAACUACUUUGGGGAUCGAAUCAUCAAAAUUGAAUAUUUUGGUCUAGCGUUAGCUAAGCUAGGUAGUACAUGGAAUCGAGGAACUGAUGUAAAAUAUAGUUCAUGCAGAGCUAGAGGAUUGAGGAUUAU